AUGGAUGGGUGUGCGUGCAAGAGUCAAGAAGUAGAUGAUGGAAAGGACAUCAAGGGCCCUGGUGAGAUUCUAACGGACACGCCAGAGCACUCCCAUCAAUGGGUCGGUGGAGACGGUGUUGCUCUUGGACUGGAGGAUCGUAAGCAAAACCAGAUGGGUCUGUCAAACAUGCAAUUAUUUGGAGGUGUGGAGGUUCUCUCGACGUCCAAGACGCCAGACGAGGCAUUUCGCAUGAUGGCCGCCCCAAAGUUCAUCCGCUCUCGCGUCGGGCCUUCCCACUCCCGCGUUUGCGCCCUCGACAAGACCCUGGAGAUCGCGACGACACCUCAAUUAUGA